CCCGGCCCGCACCAUCCCUACCGGCGCUAUUCGACGAUGAACCUGUUCAAAGAAGCUGCUACUCAACUUGAGACAACGAAGAGCCAGAGCAGACGGACUGAAGAGACCAAGUACUGACAGCCAAGACUUCCAGCGGACAUUCCACCUUUUCAAGAUAAUUCAUCAUGGUCGUCUUCACGGCUCAGCAUCUGUUCCCAUUCUCAUUCCGGGACGUAGCACUCGGGAUCUGGCACAAGUAUCCAAAUGAGCAUUCGACCCAUAUCACAUCCGUCGAUGUCCUCGAUAGGUCCUUCUUACCCGACGGGACCCUUCGCACAGAAAGGUUGAUCUCUAUUCGUCAACAUGCCCCUCGUUGGAUCAUGAAGCUGGUCGGAGGGGCAGAGGAGCAAUACGUUCGAGAGGUGAUCUUUUACAAGGUUCCCAGUUCACCCGACCAACCGCCGAUGGUCCUGAUGGGCUCAGUCAAUCUCUCCAUGUCCUCGAUCUUGAUCUGUCGAGAACAAAUUCGAUACCAACCCUCUCAUCCUCAAGCCAGUAGCUUCUUCCAACGUGCUGAUAUCCAGGCUCAGGGUACACUCGCAAUCGGGGAAUCGUGGGGCAUCCUGGGAUCCAAACUCGAAUCUUGGGCUCGAGAUAGGUUUUCAACCAAUGCCGAGUCAGGACGUCUAGGGUUCAACAAUGUGCUCACCGCACUUUACCGAGACAGCCAAGGCCGAGGAAGUCCCGGGGAUGCAGACAGUCGGCACCAAUCCCCAAGCGGCCGGUCGAGCACAAAUCUGACUGCUGAUAGCCAGAAAGAUCAACAAGGUCUCCCCGCAGAUCCAACAUCAGCCUCGAUUCGACUGGCCUGACAAACUCUCCAUUAUCUCUCAUCUUUCGCGACCUCCAUAGACCACAAAAACCUGUAUUCUAUCUCCUCCUCGCUUUCGAAACCUUGCACCCGAAACUCGAACUCCCAGGAUUUUCUUCCAUCUGAAAACCAAGGUCACCCGUGCCAUAAUCAUUUCUUCUAAUAAUUUACAUUCACAUAUUUUAUUUUUUCUUAUUCAAGCUUUCUUAGUUUUUCCACGUUAUGACUAGUAGACAAAUCAGUCGGAGAUUAAUUGACUUGCGAGCGCCCUCAUUCCAGAUUUGUAAAUGAUCAAUUUCUUCAAAAAAAAAAUUCUCUCUCUUUCUCUCCAGUUUUUGUUGAUUUAUCUAUCUAUUCUGUCACCGGUCGAUUUCUCUCACUCCAUCACCCCCCUUUCAUCUCCCCGAUCAUCGGAUUGACAGUCUCCAUUUGUUUUGCAUAUAAAAACAUAUAUAUAUAUAGUCUCACUCAAUAGAAUAGAUUUUCUUCUAGUUAUCCAAAUCUCACUUAUUCUAUUCUAUUCCAUCCAUAUUUAUUUACAUUCAUAUCUACUAUAAUGAAGUCUUGUACAUUGAUUAGCAAAAAGUGUAAAAGUUUUUCUUUAA